UCACUUUUGUGUCCCAUUUCUGGAAAGCUACAUACUGAUUCCUUGUUCGUUAUUUGGUUUCUUCUGGUGCUGGCAAGGCCCACCAUGGUGGGGCGGCAAGUGGUCCAACAGCAAGCCACCAGGCAAGCCCGUCUGUUAAUGCUUCUGCUGGCAUUGAUGGGCGUGCAGGAGAAUCAAGCAUCCAGAGCCUGUGGACAGCCUCCCAUCAGUCUCAACCGGAUUGUGAAGGGCCAGGAUACAGUGCCGGGAGAGUUUCCCUGGCAGAUCAGCUUACAGUUGAACAAAAGGCACGUGUGUGGGGGGUCCCUCAUCUCAGAAGACUGGGUGGUGACUGCAGCACACUGCUUCUAUCAGUUUAGGGAUCUGUCCCAGUACCGUGUUCUCCUGGGGGUAACCCAAUUGUCCAACCCUGGGCCACAGGCAUGUUGUCUGGAAGUGAAGCAGGUCAUUGUCAACCCAACCUAUGCCGGCCAGACUACCAGCGGGGACAUAGCCCUUGUGCAGCUGUCCAAGAGGGUCCAGUAUUCAGACUUGAUCUUGCCCAUCUGUCUGCCAGAUGUCUCUGUGAAGUUUCCCCCAGGCAAACUCUGCUGGGUCACUGGAUGGGGCAACUUGCGCCAUUCAGUUCAUCUUCCCUCUCCACAAACCCUCCAGAAGUUGCAGGUGCCCAUCAUUGACUCCAAGAGAUGCAGCGAACUCUACCGAACCAACAUGGGUGAUGGCCUGACCCCACGGAUUAUCAAGGAUGAUAUGAUCUGUGCUGGGUUUGCAGAGGGCCGGAGAGAUGCCUGCAAGGGUGAUUCUGGAGGUCCCAUGGUGUGUUUUGUUGGUCAUUCUUGGGUUUUGGCUGGCAUCGUUAGCUGGGGAGAAGGAUGUGCUAUCAAGAACCGUCCUGGCGUGUAUAGUCGACUUACGUACUAUCAAAAUUGGAUCCAGAGCCACAUCCCAGACAUGAAAUUUAUCAAAGACUCAAAUGGCCGUGAAUUACGGGAUUGGCAACCGGAUACAAAAGGCCAAAAGGGUCCCGGAGUUCACUUAUCUGGCUGUGCAUCCUCCCUGAUUGCUAACCUUUUUAUGUUCUUGGUGUGUCUACUGAUUCUUAUGUAACCAAGAGGCAGAGGGAAGUUUUCAUCUUUUCUUAACAAUCCAGUUACAGAACAGAAAGAUACUGUUGACCUACUGACCUCCUUGACUGAAUUUGUCUAAGCGAAGCAUCAGCGAAUAACAGUACCAAACAACUUGGGUUUUAUGUUUCCUUAAAAGAAAAAGUAUGUUUCUUUCUAUUUAUUGUUGGAAAUUUCUUUUAGAAUAGUUGCUAUCUCUUUCAGGAGAGACAUUUCAAGAACUUAUACACAGCACAAGCAAGUUGAUUAACAUCAUUCAUAUUCUUCAGCCUCAAAGGAUGAUCUUAAAUUGGGUAAAAAUGGUGGGGGAAGUGAGGAUUUUGGCAAGUUAUUUUUCAUAAUCCUAAUUUGACUAAUUCAAUUUCAGACCCUUGGUCCAUCAAGGUCAGUAUUAUCAACUCUAACUGACUGCAGCUCUCCAGGGUCUCAGGUUGAGAUUUUUUCACAUCGCCCUGCCUGCUACCUGAUCUUUUUAACUGAAAAUAUCAGGAGAUGAACCUGAGACCUUCUGUCUGCAAAGCAGAUGCCCUAUCUCUAGGGCUGCCAGUCCCACGCCCGGUGGUGGUGUGCCCAGCGGCAGGCAUGCCUGCUUCUGGAAGCGAUGACAUCACUCCCAGAAGUGAUGCCAUUGCUCUGUGCUGAGAGCGCACAUGCUUUGCAUGCACAAGGGGUCUCAAAAGAUGAGUACCAGGCUCUCCCCACCCCAUCCCACCAGGAGGGUAGAUCUGGCAGCCCUAUUUACCUCUGAGCCACAGCCUUUCUCUAUUUUGAAACUUUAAAGAUGUUUUCCUUUAGACGUGAACCUUUAUUUCACCUAGACAUAUUCGACAAGUGUUUAUGGUAGGGAUUAUAUAAUACAAGUUUUGUUGUUUUAGUUGAAGGGGUAUGCAUUUUCUUUUGAUUGAACUAGAAGAUGCAAAGCAGGAUUUUUAGCUGGAAAACUGCACAUUUUUCUGUGGGGAGUGGGGUGAGGGUAGUCAACAGGUAGCUGCUUGCCCUGGAAGCAAAAAAAUUUAUAAAACCCCAUACAUUUGCUGGUGAUGGAUUGCAUUCGCUUUCACAGAACACUAGAUGGGGAGGCCUGCUUUUAAGGAAAGUUUACCAUGCCUUUCGAAGUGUCAGCAUUUUUUAAACAUCCCUCUACAUCUUCUUUUAAAAAGAAAAGAACAACUUGGCCGCUGGCCAUGCUCUGAGGCUGUGAUCCAUCAUGCUACUCAUAGAACUCUCACAGGUGCAGGGAUCUCCAUUCCCUUUGGUGACACCCUUGUAUUUUAAGGGAGCUACAUCUAUGCAUUGGAACUGCUUUUUGUAUAAGCAGCUCCUUGCCUAAGCCAAAUGACUCUCUGCAGGUAUUAAGGCAGAUCAACCUUCCGAUCAAUCACUGCCCACGCCUUUUCUUGGCCUCUGUUUGCUUUGACAUUGAAAUUUCCUAAACAAGGUUAUUGCCUAUUAAGAUAAGAUAAAACAUUUGCAAAAGAGAAGCAUGCUUGAUCAAAGCCCGAAGCAUGCUGCCAAUCCCAGAUAAGCGGGUUUGCAACACCUACCUGGUGUCAAUCUCUCGUUUCAUGCCAGGCCUGAGCGAGAUGCUGCAUAGAAGAUUGAAGGUGAAGAUUCUGUGCCCAAAGGGCUUGCUUUUUUCUGGAACAGAGAAUAAACAGAACCCCUUGCAUGACCCGUGCUCCCGUGCAUUGUCCAUGACAUCAGUAGAACAACAUUUGAAAGAGUUUAGUUGCGAACGGAUUAGUGGAUAAUGCUUUACGAUGACAAUAAACAACAGUUCCAUUUUAAAGCACAGCAAAUACAAAUUUGUAAUAAUUUUUGCUUUAAAUUUGCUAUCUGGAUGCAUGAAAAUAUCAGUUCACUCAAUUUAGCAUUAUUGAUUCGGCUGUUAGCAAAGUUCAUAAGGUAUGGAUAAAAGGGAAAAGAACCUUUGAAUUCUAGGGAGGUGUCUAUCAGUUCAGUCCUAAGCAGAAUGAUACCAUUUUAAAUCCAUUAAAGUCAGUGGGCUUAGAAAAGUAUAAGUCUAGGUUUAGGAUAGAGGUAUAUAUCCGUCUCUUCUGGUUUGUCAGUAUCAGCUUUUGUUUUGCAGCCUCGUAGAGCUAAACAGCCAAUUCUGUCUCCUGGGAGUCAUCUUUUGGUGUGGUCGGACUCAACGUGAUGCCUAAUUGCAAUGAGACAGAAAGGCCUUGAACUCAUGUGUUUGUCUUGGGCAUGCCACAGCUCCCCACCUAAUUUAUAGGGCCAUUGUAAUGAUUACUGAGAAUAAAAUAUGGGAAAUGCUAAAGUUUUGAGCUAUGCUGGCAUUGGAUGUAAAGUUACUGAGUUUUAUGUGCAUAUUUACAGCCAUGAGCAUUUCACUUAUGCAAUGCAAACUUUGGUUUUCUAGCACGAGAUGGAUUGGAUAGCCAUUAGGAUGAAAAAAAAAUGUCCUUAACUGUAGAUUAAAUAUCUUUUAUAUGCACUUUCUUGCACAUUAGCAGGGGGGGGGGGAAUCCAUGCUUUCUUUUCAGCAAUUAAAAAAACACAGCUUGUUAUGUUUUUCUAUAGAGACCAAUAAGGUUACAUUUUUAUGUGCAGAU